AUCUGAGGGUUCUACACAAGAUUUAAUCUUCAGGAGUGCUCUUGUUUUACAGAGACCUGUGAUGGAUCCGUGCCUUGCAGUUGGUUUUCUUCCUCUUUCUUCAGGAGGCCUUAGAGUUGGGUAGCUAGUAACCAUGAAAUGGAGAGUUGAAAGGUUGAAGGAUUUUGAUGAGAAUGCAGUUUCUCAAAACAAUGAUGAGGUAUUAUACGAAGUCAAUGCAAAUUCUGAGAAUUGGAUGAUUGUCGGGAGGAAGAGAGGCCAUGUAUCACUCUCAACAAAGCAAGGUUCGAGGAUAGUUAUUUCUAUUUUGUGCAUGCCACUGAUGGCCGGAUACGUACAUCCCCCAAAGCUUGGGCUUCCAAACGUUGAUGAGGCAAAUAUAAGUUGUAACCCUGUUGGCCCCCACCUGGUCUGUGUUUUGCCUCCUGUUUUCAGCUCUUCUUUCUGUAUUCCAGCAUGAUUACUCAAGUUCAUCAUCCAUUUCCAUUAUGGUUGGAUCGGGGUUUUCCUUUUCUUUUCAUUUCAUUUCAUUUCAUUUCAUAAAAAAUUAUAAUGAUAGAUAUAGAUAUUAGAUAUCCGAUUUUUGUUUAACGUUGAGAUUUGUAAAUCUGUAAUUUUACCCCCAACAGCCCACCAAGAUCCACACCUCCCAACUGCUUGGUGGUUGAUUG